CUAAAUUUGCAGUCUGUUCUAGACUCCACAAGCUCUGGAAAGUUCGCUUCAGUUUCCAGCGGCGGGGUCGAACGUUAUAUAAACGCCUCGCUCAGCCCAUUUGCGGACUCAAAAACUAUAUUUAACGGCAAGUAACCUUCAAAUUCGCGCUUUAGAUCACCACGUCCAUUACUAAUAGCGAUAUUAAAGCUGUUUAGUUCUGCUGACGUCGAGUCUUCAGUGAUUUCUUUUGAAGGAAAUACCUCAGAGAGCCGCUCUGUGAAGAGAGUGGAUCUAUUGUUUGGACUGUUUUAAAGGAAAUAUUCAUAUUAAAUCAAAGAUGACUGCAGAAGAGGUGGUGGCUGAAGGUUGCAGCAUCCCCGUCGAGGGUGAAGACAUCACUGCGAAGAAAGAUGGAGGUGUUUUAAAGAUGGUCAAGAAGGAGGGUACAGGCUCUGAGUUGCCUAUGACCGGUGAUAAAGUAUUUGUGCACUAUGUCGGAACACUGCUUGAUGGCACACAGUUUGACUCCAGCCGGGAUAGAGGGGAGAAGUUCUCCUUUGAGCUGGGCAAAGGUCAGGUGAUCAAAGCAUGGGACAUCGGUGUGGCCACGAUGAAGAUUGGCGAGAUCUGCCAAUUGAUUUGCAAACCCGAGUAUGCUUAUGGAGCUGCUGGCAGCCCACCCAAAAUCCCACCCAACGCCACCCUUGUGUUCCAGGUAGAGUUGUUUGAGUUUCAUGGGGAAGACAUCACCGAUGAAGAAGAUGGUGGAAUUAUUCGCAGGAUCAUUACUAAGGGGGAGGGCUACACAAAGCCUAAUGAGGGUGCAUCUGUGGAAGUGUGUUUGGUGGGCCGUCACGAGGAGCGUGUUUUCGACGAGCGUGAGUUGAAGUUUGAGGUGGGAGAUGGAGAGAGUUUGGGCCUGCCUCCAGGCGUGGAGAAAGCUUUGCAAUCCAUGGAGCAGGGAGAGGAGGCACUCUUCACCAUCAAGCCAAAGUACGGCUAUGGAACUGCUGGCAGCGAGAAAUUCAACAUUCCACCUAAUGCUACACUGCAGUACAAUAUCACACUGAAAGCAUUUGAGAAGGCCAAAGAAUCCUGGGAGAUGAACUCGAGUGAAAAACUAGAACAGAGCGUCAUCGUCAAAGAGAAAGGAACUCAGUAUUUUAAGGAGGGGAAAUUCAAGCAGGCAGCUGUGCAGUACAAACGCAUUGUGUCCUGGUUAGAACACGAGUCCAGUAUGGAGCCGGAGGAAGAAGAGAAAGCCAAAGCGCUGCGAUUGGCUGCUCACCUCAAUCUAGCUAUGUGCUACCUAAAGCUGCAGGAUGCAAGCCCUGCCCUCGAGAACUGUGACAAGGCACUGGAGCUGGACGCAAAUAAUGAGAAGGCUUUGUUUAGGCGAGGAGAGGCGCUGGUUGUCAUGAAGGAGUUUGACAGGGCGAGAGCAGACUUCCAGCGCGUCACUCAGUUGUAUCCAGCAAAUAAGGCAGCGAAGAGCCAGAUCAUGCUCUGCCAGAAACAUAUCAAAGAGCAACAUGAGAAGGACAAACGCCUCUAUGCCAACAUGUUCCAGAAGUUUGCAGAGAGAGACGCCAAAAAGGAGGCGGAGCAUGAAAAGGAGCAGGAAAAGAAACAGAAUGGUAAUGCAAUGGAAAUAGAAGAAAACGGAGCUCAGGAACAAACUGCAGCAUAAUGGUGUGCAUUUCUGUUUACUGUCUUUUGUGUUUUGUUUUUUAAGAGGUUUUUUUUUUUUUUUUUUUAUACCUUCUAUAAUUUCUGUUCCCCUAAAGUGUGUUUGUGCGAGUGAGGAUGCGUACAUGUUUUGGUUUCUAAUAUAAAGUAGCGAGACAUUUGCUUUUGUACUGUGGCCAGACCCUUAUGGCCAGGGUGUGUAUGAAUGUUUGUGUGUGCAUUACUGUAAGGCAGCUAGUCGGCCUGGCCAUGUUCUCUGCUGCGUCUCUCUUCAUGUUGAGAGACGGUGGAAAUAAAACGAACUCAUUCUCAGCCUGUAGCCUGUACUGCAGCCUCUCGUGUCGGCCGCAAAACCGAUGCUGAUCCUUAGAAACUUUUGAGUCGCACUGCUGUACAAUAAAGCGCUUUUCUGUCCCGUCACUUAACUUUACGUGCAUGGAAGUGAUCACCAGGGCAAAAAGACUGUUUUUUUGUUUUGUUUUUUUUUAUCGUUCCACUGUUAAAUUCUCCACGUUUAAUGUGUAUGACUAAUCACAACUGGAAACCUUUCGAUAGUGAAUCUCUGCUGAAGCGUUUUAGAGGAGAAAUCACGCACCUUUCCUGUAAAGAGCUGUUUAGUCUCUGCUUCACUCUGUGUGCAGCCUUUUCGGUGAUAUUGUUCUAGCGGAGAACAUCAUCAAUAUGGGGCUGAGAUGUUUGUCAUUUUUACAAAGUGAGAACAUGAACUUAGACCUGCAGUCUUACAUUGAGACAUUUUGAGGCUUUGUCCCUUGUCUCUUUUUAUCUUGUGGACAAGAUUACCCAUGAUUUCUCUAUAAUUGUACUUGCACAUUGUAGCCUAAUCUCAUGGUGAAUUGUCAUGGCAGAAGAGGCUUGCUUUACCCUGCAGCGCUUUGUGACGGAGCUCAACCAGGACAAGAUUACUGUAGUGUUGGGUUUAAGAGAAACAUACAGAUAGUUCUGUUCCCAUGUCCUUUAUUCUCCUCUGAUGUCGACUAGAACAAUAAAAAUAAACUCAAAAUC